GGGCGGGGUAGUUGAGGAUUUUUUUUUUUUUUUUUUUUUUUUUUUUUGGUGAAGCUGAAGUUUUUGUUUAUGUUAUUCCACACGGAGAUGUCUUCUUCAAAUGCAGAGUUACAAGACCCAGAUCUGGGUAUGGGGGCCAGUGGGACCCAAACAAGUGGCGGGGCUGUUGUACCAAAAGGGAGCAACAAAAGACGAGCUGCGCCAGACUUUGAUGAUGUUGAUGGAGGCAAGAUAAGCAGGUUUGAUGAUGACACAGGAGGCUCCAGCAAUGACAAAGAGCGCUUUGCCAGGGAGAACCACAGCGAGAUUGAAAGGCGGAGGCGUAAUAAGAUGACCGCUUACAUCACAGAAUUAUCUGACAUGGUACCCACCUGCAGUGCACUAGCGCGGAAACCAGACAAACUAACCAUCCUGCGAAUGGCAGUUUCUCAUAUGAAGUCACUUAGAGGAAGCGGGAAUACCAAUGCAGAUGGGUCGUACAAACCUUCAUUUCUCACUGACCAGGAGCUUAAGCAUCUCAUCCUGGAAGCUGCUGAUGGCUUCCUGUUUGUGGUGUCAUGCGAGACGGGGCGCAUUGUUUACGUCUCUGACUCCCUGACCCCGGUCCUCAACCAAUCACAGUCUGACUGGCUCGGAUCCUCCCUGUAUGAUCAGCUCCACCCAGACGACAAAGACAAGCUUCAGGAGCAGCUCUCCACCGCAGAGAAUAACAACACAGGGAGGAUGUUGGACUUAAAGACAGGAACAGUGAAGAAGGAGAGUCAGCAGUCAUCAGCGAGGAUGAGUAUGGGAGCUCGUCGAUCAUUCAUCUGCAGAAUGAGGUGUGGCACGUGUCCAGUGGAACCAAUGUCAAUGAACAGACUGCAGUUUCUUAGGAACAGAAACAGAAAUGGUUUGGGUGCAGCCAAGGAAGGGGAACCACAGUAUGUAGUGGUGCACUGCACAGGAUACAUCAAGUCCUGGCCCCCUGCAGGAGUAUCAUUAACAGAUGAUGAAGCAGACAAUACUCAGGGGAGUCGCUACUGUCUAGUUGCUAUUGGGAGAUUACAGGUUACUUGUUGUCCUGGUGACACAGAUGCGAACAGUAUCAGUGUUCCUGUGGAGUUCAUCUCCCGACACAACUGUCAGGGCAUGUUCACUUUUGUAGAUCAUCGCUGCUUGCCCGCUAUCGGAUAUCAACCCCAGGAUUUAUUGGGGAAGAGUAUCCUAGACUUCGCCCACCCUGAAGACCAGGGCUUACUAAGAGACAGCUUUCAACAGGUGAUUAAGCUGAAGGGUCAGGUUCUGUCAGUGAUGUUUCGAUUCCGCACCAAGUCGAGAGAAUUUAUAUGGAUGCGAACCAGCUCCUUCACUUUCCAGAACCCGUUCUCGGAGGAGAUCGAGUACAUCAUCUGCACCAAUGUCAAUGUCAAACAGCUACAACAGCAGCAGGCCGACCUGGAAGGACGAGAUGGUCCAUAUGAACCAGGAUCAAUGACCCACCCACAGAUGCAGGUGCAGCCAGUCACUGCAGCAGGGCCGGACCACAGCAAGAGCAUUGAGAAGCCAGAACUCUACCCUUCGCUUUUCCAAGGGCAAGAUCAGACCAAAGGCCUUCCUUCCUCCACCCCUACUCCAUCCACCCAGAUCUAUGCCCCAAACAACAACUUUGCUGCUGGUCGUUCUAGCGAUGCAUACAGACCAGUCAAUAUGAAUCCACAGAUGCCGCAGCCCACCCACUCAGCCUCAGCAGGACAGAUCUUGGCUCAGAUUUCUCGUCAGAAUGUAGCCCCACAGCAAGUUAACCAAUCCAGUACGACAGGCCCCCUCCAUGGAGGCCCAGCAGGCGGGUGGCCUGGGGCUGGACCUGCAGCCAGACCGCAAUUUAAUAACCAGCAGGUGGCUCCCCAGGCGGCAAAGACCAUGUCGCCACAAUUUACUCCCAUGGGAGGGUUUGUAGGCGGCCCUACCAACACUUUUGGCCAGAUGCCAACAGGUGCUGCUCCCAUGCCAACAGGUGCUGCUCCCACCGCCACCAGUGGCGCAAACUACUCGCAAAUUAAUGCUCGUGCAAGCCUCAACAACAACGGUUUUGAUGGCUCUCAGUCUGGGGCACAGUUCCCUCCUCGAGCAGCAGAGGCAGUGUGGCCCCAGUGGCAAGGCCAGCAGCAUUCACAGAGUAAUUCAGAGCAGGGCAACCAGCAAGACAUCUUUCCUGAUGUGUUGUCUAUGUUGGAGCAGCCUGCCAACUUCAACAACGAGGACUUUGAGAUUCCUAUGUACACGCCAUUUAACGAGUGACCUGGAAAUACUUCUGUCGUCUUGCCUGAUUUUUGCCCUCACGGUUUCUUAUAUUUAGCUCUUCUCCUCGCCUGUUCUUUCUGCUCUUCCCCUUCUUUGCAUGGCUUCAACUGCACAGCUACAAGACAGGAUGGAGGGAUAAAGUUGAAUGCAGGGGAAUGGGAGAAAAAUCAAGAAUUUGCUACUGACUAAAAGAUUAUUUUAACAAUAUACCGCCAUUGUAAGAGAAUUUUCUAGCUAGCACUGCCCAAAGCUCAACAACCCAUGUUGUAGAUAUGUGAUAUACAGUAUAUAUGUUCAUAUAUAUAUAUAUAUAUAAAAAUAUAUAUAUAAAUAUAAAAACGCACAAUCCCACAACCACACUUGAAUAGACUGCACAAAACACCCUCCUAACUCUGGUAAAUGGAAAUGAAAAUGGAAGUAAACACACACUUGCACACAAAGGCCUUUUAUUCUAAUAUAUUCAUGGUUUUUCUCAGGCAUUUUUUAAGAGUGUGUUUUGCUGUUUUAGCUUUUGGCGUGUAGACUAAUCACUCCAGUCACUGAUUUAAACUCUUGGGAAAUUACAGGGAUAUACAGCUUUGGUGAUUUUUUUUCUUUUUUCUUUUUUUUUCUUUCUCAGCUGUUGCACGCUAACCUCACUCUGUUUCCUAUCCACAGCAUGUCUCCGCAAGACUGAACUGUCCAUAGCACAGAUUUUUAUCAAGUAGUUUUCCAUGUACAAAGGUGGCCUCCCCUGUGAAUUCAUUUGUUUUCCCCCUUUUUUGUGAAACAUGCAAGCAUUUUUUUUGUGAUGUACUUCAACACACCUUAAAAUGGCUUAUAUACAUUUUUUUCCUAUAAGGUGUCCAUUUGAAAUGUAAACAAUCUAUUUUUCGUUGCCUACAUAGACAUAAAUACAAUAUACAUGUGUUAAUGUUUGUAAAAUGGAUGCAUACAGUAUCAUAAUCAACUCAAACUUAUUGGGUUUCUGCCUUGCCUAAUUUGCUUCUUUCUGCUACCCUGAUUACCCUUUAAUUACAGGCUUUUGUACGUAUUUUAUAAGAGAAAUAUUAAAUAAAAAAUCACACAGCAAUAAUUAACAAGCAGGAAUUGUGUAAUUUUCAAGCCAUUCUUUAUCAUUGUUAUAAAUGUUUCCUUUAAAUGUUUUGAAAUGGAGACGUGUGAUUUUUAAUUGAAAUGUCUCCAAAGUAUUAUAUUGUUUGAACUCUUGAUCUAUCCAUUAACCAUUCUCUUGACUGGUAUUUUACUAAUGGUUUAAUCAGGGUAUUCAGGAUUAAAAUGGAAUCAACAGAGAUAAAACUGGUAUGAUAUUCAGUGAGAAUGUCCAUGUAUGUGUAUUUUUCUAACAGUGUUUUGUCCUGUCCUGUUGUUUGUUAGACUUGGACUGAGUCUGUUUUUUGGCAAUUUUGCAUUCUAGCAGAAUGUCUCACAAUGAACGGCUGUGCUUCUAAGAUGAUUUAAGUUUUAAGAUGUGGAGUUUAAAGUUGACCCCUGAUGUUAUCUUCUCUUGUCUGUGUGUAGCAUACACACAUUCAUGAUAACAGAUUAUGUCAUUGUAUGUAAACUCAUGUAGAUAACGCCCAGGCUUCAUCUUCCGGAGGAUGCUAUGCUGUUGGUGACUGUGUCUUCGUUAUUGUUGAAAAUGUCAUUGGUUACUCUGUAUCCAGUUUUGUUUCUUUCUUUUUCUUCCCUCACUCAUAGAAACACACAUAUAUAAAUAUACUGUAGAGGUAUAUGAAAUUUUUAAUGAGAGAGAUAUGUUUUGGUUUUUGUAUUAAAUUGUUACAAUGU